AUGACCUCGACCCGUCCUGAACCUCGACACGCCGACAUACAACACCUCGAUGGCGCCCCGGACGAACGGAUUUCUCUGAGCCCAGGCAGCGCAAGAGAUCAGCCACAGCAGAGCCAUUCGAUCGAUGAAUCCGCGGCUUUGGAGCAAAAUGCGGCCGCUGCGUCAUAUGCCGAUGACGGUGCGGCUGAGUUGAGAGGGGAUGAGCCGGCUGGGAUGCAGGAUGGAGGGGACAAAGACGACGUGAGCCGCCCAUGGAGCGAAUUGAAGACGAAAGCAGGGAAGGAGAGGAAGAGGCUUCCUCUGGCCUGUAUUGUGUGUCGCAGAAAGAAGAUCCGGUGCUCUGGAGAGAAACCGGCGUGCAAGCAUUGUUUUCGCUCGAGGAUACCGUGCGUGUAUAAGGUCACGACGAGAAAGGCAGCGCCUAGGACGGAUUACAUGGCGAUGCUGGAUAAGAGGCUGAAGAGGAUGGAGGAGAGAGUCAUCAAGAUUAUACCAAAGGAUGUUGCAAGGGAUAUGGCGACGAUUGGGCGGGCGGCCGUGAAGCCUCCCACCGCGGGGCAGAUGGCUCGAGUGCCGAAGGCAAUGAAUAAGAAGAGAUCCGCGGAUGAGGCGUUUCGAGCGGAACUAAAUGGAUGGAUUCGCGAAGGCAAUCCUUCGGGUCUGCGCGAUGGGCCCGCUGGCAGCUGGCAGCCACGCGUAGUGGAUGAGAACAAGCUUCUGAUCGAAGGGGCUGAGUUUCUACCUUCAAUGGAUAUCCAGGAGCACCUUGCAGAGGUUUUCUUUGACUGCGUAUACGGCCAGUCGUAUCUGUUGCUGCACAAGCCAAGUUUUAUACGGCGCUUGAAGGCCAAGGCUGUUCCUCCGGUGCUGACGUUGGCUAUCUGUGCUGUAGCAGCACGCUUCUCAACCCAUCCCCUAAUUAGCACGGAGCCUGCAUUCUUACGGGGUGAAAACUGGGCUGAUGCGGCAGCUACAAUUGCUUUAAGCCGGCAUGACCAACCGAACAUCACGAUCUUGACGGUGUUUCUGAUACUUGGACUUCACGAAUUUGGUGCUUGCCACGGUGGCCGAAGCUGGUCGUUUGGUGGUCAAGCGCUGCGAAUGGCAUAUGCCCUACAGCUUCAUCAGGAACUGGACCAUGAUCCUCUCGGUAACAAUGCGGGUCAUUCACAGCUCAGCUUUACGGACCGGGAAAUCCGACGACGGACGAUGUGGGCGUGCGUUUUGAUGGAUCGGUACAAUUCUUCUGGUAGCCAACGCCCGCCGAUUGGAAAUGAGAAAUAUUUGCAAAUUCAACUACCAAUUAAGGAAUCACACUUUCAAAUGGAGAUCCCGGGGCCUACCGAGAAUCUAGACGGAUCCGUUCCCAACCCAGUACCUGAAGGAAUUGGACAACUUUUCAAUCCGAAAGAGAACAUGGGCGUCUCGGCGUAUAUAAUCCGGGGAGUAAUGCUAUGGGGUCGGAUCGUGGACUACCUUAACCUUGGAGGAAAGCUGAAAGAUCCACAUCCGUUAUGGUCCCCAGAGUCCGGCUAUGCUGGCUUGAAAAGACAAAUUGAGGAGUUUUCUGCGUCCUUGCCAAACUCUCUCGGUUUUACCCUGGAAAACCUCCGAAACCACGGGGCUGAGAAGAUUGGGAACCAGUUUCUGUUUUUGCAUAUCAUCAUUCAUCAAAACAUACUCUUUUUGAACCGAUUUGCUAUACCACUGUCCCCUGGAGGGCGCCCACCUAAAGAUAUACCAAAACCGUUUUUGAGUGAUGCUGGUCGAGCGGCAGUUGAAGCCGCUGGCCACAUUUCGACGUUGAUCAGCCAAGCAUCUGGCUAUAUGCUAACUGUUCCGUUUGCUGGCUAUUGCGCGUAUGCCGCGAGUACAGUGCAUAUAUGGGGGAUUUUCUCCAAAAAUGAACAGCUUGAAAAGACGUCCAAGGAGAACCUGCGGCAUACCUACAGGUACCUAAAUAGGAUGAAGCAGUAUUGGGGCAUGUUUCAUUAUAUGGUUGAGAGCGCAAAGGAUCGAUAUCGCCAGUUUGCCGAUGCUGCGAUCAAAGGCCCGACAAUAAAAUUCUUCGCAAGUUUGUCUCCCCAAUCGCAGGUUGAUCAACCCCGUAAAGAAAUGAAGAGACGUGGCACAAGUGCUGCAGAGAAAUCCCGGCGUACCACAGCUGGAAAGGAUUCGAGGGCGCGAUUCGAGACAACGGGCACUCCAGCCCAGGCUCAACUAUCGCCGCAAAGAGACGCGCAACCGCCAGCGUUGGAUACCAACCCCCAACCUCCUCUACCCCAUGAUGCUUCACAGUUUCCUAGUUCAGUCGUCUUCACUCCGACUGAACCACCCGAUUUCAAUCAUUCAACGUUCAAAUACCCUUUAAGCUCCGACCUCCCCCACCUCGACCGCCAACUUGUUUACGGCGCCUACUCAGGCAUCGCUCCCAAUCACACAACCGGCCCUUUCAGUUCUAUGACAACCGCCAGCGGCCAUCACAACUCUACGCUUCGUUCAACAAGCACAGUUGCAGGGCUCGAUCAAACUGAAGACAACGGCAACUCGUUCUGGAAUAUGCCGCUUGAUAUUCCCGGCGACGGUACGGGUUGGCCUACCGCAUCGGUACAGCCUAGCGCAUGGUUUCUACCGUUUAACCUUGAGCCAAUCGGCGCUGGUGAAUUUGAUAUCUCUGAAGCCACUGCCGCAGUGUCAGGGCCCCAACAAAAUUCUAGGCCCGGCGGGAUGUCAGUAAAUAACCCUUCAUAUUUCCGAGAUCCUGGGGUCUUCCACGGCUAUGGUCUUAAUUUAGGAACUGGAGACCCCCGGGAUCCAGGAGGCGGGCCUGCAGGAAGCGGUGGAGGGCCAAGGUAG